AUGCAAAUGAGACAGUCAACACAAACUAAUAUCAGUAAGUCAGAUCAAACAAAUAAAAUAAAGAAACAGAGAUGCAGGUUCACUCCAAGAGAAGAUCGAAUUCUAAAGAAGAUUGUUAAUGAUCAAUCUGAUUUUUCAUGGGAAGAAAUUGCCCAAAUGCUCCCAGGAAGAACAUCUAGACAAUUCUGGGAUAGAUAUAACAAUUAUCUUAGCAAACAAAUUUCUAAUGCUAAAUGGACCGAUGAAGAGGAUGAAUUAAUAUUAAAAAUGUACACAGAGAUUGGCCCAAAAUGGACACUUAUUGCAAAAUCACUUAAAGGAAGAUCAGCAAAUAACGUGAAGAAUAGAUGGCACAAAACAUUGUCAAAGAGAUAUGGUAAGACCGAAAAAGAGAAGCCACUGACAGUUGUUGAUAUUGACUAUAUUAUUGCAAAAGAUAAUACAUUUUUGUCUAAAUUCGGAGAAGAAAAUGAAUACACACUAUUUCGUGAGUUACUUUCAUGA